AAGAAGAGAUGGUCUUUUGUUGUCUGAGAACGGUGAGUGUCAAGACACACUGUUUUCUCAAAGUAGCCUUUGUAAUUUAUUUUUCAGAUACUACAUUCUGGGAACCAUGUGACCUAUUUUCCUUCUAUAAAUAGCAAGGUGCGCUGUGCAUUUUCAGCAGUCUUUGGACUUCAGCAUGGUGAUUGCUCGGUUGCUGGCUUAUUUGGCGUUUUCAGUUUUCUGUGUCUUACCAGCCAGCUGCCUGGACACUUUCACUGCAGCUGUUUAUGAGCAUGCCGUAAUACUGCCUAACUUCACCACAACACCAGUGUCUCGUGAAGAGGCACUGGUGUUAAUGAAUCAGAAUCUAGACAUUUUGGAAGAAGCAAUCACAUCAGCAGCAAAACAGGGUGCACAUAUUAUUGUGACUCCAGAAGAUGGUGUUUAUGGUGUGAAUUUCAGCAGGGACACCAUUUACCCAUAUUUAGAGGACAUUCCAGACCCGGAAGUCAAUUGGAUCCCCUGUAAUCAUCCCAAAAGGUUUGGCGAUACUCAGAUACAAGAAAGACUCAGCUGUCUGGCCAAGAGCAACUCUAUCUAUGUGGUGGCAAAUAUAGGAGACAAGAAGCCAUGCAAUGCCAGUGACCCUCGAUGUCCCCCUGAUGGUCGUUACCAAUACAACACUAAUGUGGUGUUUGAUUCACAGGGAAAACUGGUAGCCCGCUACCACAAGCAACAUCUUUUCAUGAGUGAAUCUUUUUACUUCAAUGCACCCAAAGAUCCUGAGGUCAUGACUUUCAAUACUCCCUUUGGAAAAUUUGGCAUUUUUACAUGCUUUGACAUCCUCUUCUACGACCCUGCCAUUACCCUGGUGAAAGAUUUCCAUGUGGACACUAUCCUCUUCCCAACAGCUUGGAUGGAUGUUCUACCACACUUGUCAGCCAUUGAAUUCCACUCAGCUUGGGCUAUGGGCAUGGGAGUCAAUUUACUUGCAUCCAAUUUACAUCGCCCCCAGAACAGAAUGACAGGAAGUGGCAUCUAUGCACCUGAUUCUCCAAGAGCUUUUCAUUAUGACAGGAAGACAGAAGAGGGAAAGCUCCUCCUCUCUCAGCUGGAUUCCCACCCCUACAGCCCCGAAGUGAACUGGAGUUCUUAUGCCAGCAGCAUAGGAGCACUCUCAACUGGAAACCAAGAAUUUAAGGGCAGUGCCUUUUACGAUGAGUACACUUUUGUGGAGCUCACAGGAAUCACAGGAAAUUACACUGUUUGCCAGAAAGAUCUCUGCUGUCAUCUAAACUACCAGAUGUCCGAGAAGAGAUCCAAUGAAAUUUAUGCUCUAGGGGCAUUUGAUGGACUGCACACAGUUGAAGGGUGUUACCAUCUACAGGUCUGCACUAUGUUAAAGUGUAAAACCACUAACAGACACACCUGUGGUGCUUCAGUUGACACGGCUUCUACUAGGUUUGAAAUGUUCUCCCUCAGUGGCACUUUUGGGACCCAGUAUGUCUUUCCUGAGGUGUUGUUGAGUGAAGUUCGGCUCGCACCUGGAGAAUUUAAGGUGUCAAGUGAUGGACGUUUGUUUAGUGUGAAGGCCACAUCCGGACCUGUGUUGACAGUCUCUCUGUUUGGGAGGGUGUAUGAGAAGGACCAGGCAUCAAAUGCUGCCUCAGCCCUCACAGCACAGGCACUGAGCAUGAUGCUAAUAGUUGUGACACCUAUGGUAUAUUAUGUUGAUAGAAUAUGUACAUUUCUAUUUAAUUUAGGAUGAUUAAAAGAUAGAUGAG